CAAUUAACAUGCUAGCUAGUUAGCUAGCAACAAGCACAUUAAGACUAAAGAAGACAGGAUGAAAACAAAGUACACUCUGCGGGCUUUUUUUUGCUGACACAUAUUACAAGGAUAUUUCUAAAGACGAGGAAAGACAUCAUGUGACUGAGUUGCCCCUUUUCGAGAAAUGAGACUUUAGGACUUCUGCCCUCGUUGCUCAAACGAAGACCCACAUUUUAUCAGCAAAGGAUGCCUGCCACCAGGAAUAAGAUGCUCUCCUUGAGAACAAACACAGCCUAUGUUCCCUAACAGACACGAUUUCCCAGGCAGAUAGCAGAAGCAGUGUUCAAUUUCAAACUUUGAAAUGAAUUAGACCUGAUCAAGUACCUGAAGUGUGAAAACGGACCGUUCAAAUAUAAUUCUGGAUAAGGACGUACAACUGGGAACUAACAAGUUAACUAACUUUGAUAAACAGUCAUUUAAAGUGACCAGGGAAUUGCAGUGCGUUUAUCCAGAGUACAAGAAGAGCCCAUAAGACCUUGCUGGUGCCAGUGGCUGAGGACGAAGUUUUUCCCCUAAGAUGCUCCAGACCAACAACUACUCGUUGGUGCUGUUGAUCCAGCUGGUUCUGCUUGCUUAUGAUCUCUUUGUCAACUCCUUUAGUGAACUUCUGAGGGCAGCUCCUGUCAUCCAGUUAGUGCUUUUCAUCAUCCAGGACAUAGCCAUCCUGUUCAAUGUGAUCAUCAUCCUGCUGAUGAUGUUCAACACCUACGUGUUCCAGGUGGGCUUGGUGUCUCUUCUCCUGGAGCGCUUCAGAGCCCUCCUGCUGCUCUCUGCUGUGUACCUGACCCUCAGCAUCAGCUUUCACUGCUGGAUUGUGAAUCUGAGAUGGCUGGAAUCCAAUCGAUACAUUUGGACCAGCGGUCUGCAAGUUCUCUUCAUCUUUCAGAGACUAGCUGCCGUGUUGUAUUACUACUUCUACAAGCGUACAGCAGAAUACCUGGGAGACCCGAGGUUAUAUGAGGACUCUGUCUGGCUACGUGAUGCCUUUGCUCGAGCACGCCAGUGAAGGCGGUGAUGAUAGAACCGUCCCUGUGGUGUGGUGUUGCUUAAUGAGGCCACAUGGACAGGUUGGCUAGGAUUAAACCAAGAGGAAAAA